UCCGGAUUUCUUUCGCUCAGGUUUUGAACUUUGAGGUCGUUCGAAGGAACUGAGAAAGAUCCGAAUGAUCACAGGGUACCAGACACUGGCUCUGGCGUCUAACUUCAUUCUGACAAGCGAAAAUCGCGGAUCUUUCGCUGAUGGGCCGGCGGGCUUACUUACUAUGAUGCAACCUGACUUGCAAGGAUGACGACAGUAAGAUCCGAGUAAUAUCAGGAUACCAGAAAUAGUACUUUGGCCCAAGCUUGACGCACUAUGGCACCCGGGCUACUACUAGCUUAUGGCAUGCUUGUCUUUGUUUAUUACUAGGAAACAUGAUAUAAGGGUCGCUGACCGGGAGCGCCGUUUCUUCUUCGUCGUAUCAUUCCCAAAAGAUGGCAGAUUUGAAUGAACCGGAGGCCAAACUUGAAGCUCUCUUGGACAUCAUCAAUUCCUCUGCACGCCAAGCAAUCGCCGAAUACAAGAGCACAGGACAUGGGGUCCCUAGUGCCGACGCAACUACCUUCCACCCUCUCGACUUGGCAUCAGACACAGUUGCCCUCAAAAAGGCAAUUAGGCUGUUCGAAGGUGCAUGUCACCAAUUGAACGCAAUACUGGCUCCCCCCCAACACACGGUGAUGAAUUUCGCUUUCAAUUACGACUGGGUUUGCAUAAAUGUUGUCCUGCAAGCGCGCAUUGCAGAUGUUUUGGACAAACAUCCAGAAGGUCUUAGCAUCGAUAGACUGGCUGAAGCAGUCAACCUCGACAAGAGCAAGACUGCGCGCGUCUUACGGGCUUUGACCCUCAUGGGUUGCUUUAAAGAAGUCGAACGAGACGUCUUCGCUAACAAUCGACUAUCCCUCAUACUCAAGUCAACAAGCAACACUGGAUGUCUCGCAAGGUUUCAAACUCAGGGCGCUCCGAAAUACGCCGGGAUUCUCUAUGAGAGUAUGAUUGACGAAGAAUUUUCUCGUUCAGAUGAGAUCGACAAAGCACCCCGGGUAUUGGCCUCCAGGAAGGACGGCAUGAAAGGUAACUACUGGGAAGCGAUCAAGGAUGAUGAUGAGACACGAGAGGCAUUUCACAAGGCCAUGCUUGGCCAAAAUGAGAUGACGGGCAGUUCUGCAGUUCUGCAUCACUAUCCUUGGGAUAAUAUUUCAUCUGUAGUGGAUGUCGGAUGUAGCGUUGGGACAUUUUCCACUCCUCUGGCGAAAAUGUUCCCUCAUCUCAGAAUAACUGAUCAGGAUCUCCCGGAAGUUCUUGUGGAGGCACAGGGUGUAUGGAAGAAGAAUGCUCCCGAGGCACUGCUAGACGGGCGCGUGGAGUUCGUGCCACUCAAUUUUCUCGAGGACGCACCUGUUGUCGGGAAGGAUGUUUAUUAUUUAAGGAACAUUCUCCACGACUGGCACGACCGCGAGGCAAUGACGAUCCUUCGUAACAUUCGCAAGGCCAUGGGACCAAACAGCCGAGUGUUGAUUCAUGAUCGCGUCCUCUUGCGCACAGUGCAGGAACCUGGAUUUGGAACUAAUGGAUUAAGCACCGCCCCUGAACCUAUGUUACCGAACUUUGGGGCAGGCACUCACAGAUCGUACCAAAUGGACAUGACGAUGUGGCUUGUUCAUAAUUCCAAGGAACGAACCUUGGACGAGAUGAAGAUCCUUGGGGCCUCUGUUGGCUUAGUACUCAUCCAGGUUUAUGAUCUUGCAGAGACAAUGCUCAUGGAAUUCAGAAUCGCUCAGAGCUGAUUCCAGAGGCAAGUUUUUCGAUACGUGGUGUAUAUCAUUGUCUGCUGCCAUAAUUCGCUGAAGACGACAAGAACAAACAAACUUGAAGUUAGUAGUAGAGCAAAGCCUCCACGUUCACCUAGUUAUCGAAUAGGGAGAGUCAAAGUUACCAAUCUUCAAAGACACGAUUCAGAGUUGGAUCCAAAAGACGAUCCAGCAUUUUUCAAGUUUUUUCAUGGAUGCUUGUAAAUGGCUGGGUGUGCAGAUCACUUAAUGCUCAUCAUUUACUAAGCAGCACUAUGGUGACCACAAUGGUCAAUAGUGAAAGGGGCUGGCAAGAUGAUGCAAGAAAUUAUACCUGGCAGACUUCGAAUGUUUGAACAUGAGACGAUUUGGCCCACAAUCAGAGUUGC